CACUGUUGAAGAAAUGAUGCCCCACGUCCAACACAUGAAAGGAGGUCACAGUAAAAACCUGUUUCUUAAAGACAAAAAGAAGAAAGGGUUCUGGCUGGUGAGCGUUUUGCAUGACAGACAAGUCAAUUUAAACGAUCUGGCUAAAACCCUGGGUGUUGGAAGCGGAAACCUACGAUUUGCUGAUGAAAAUGCCAUGCUGGAAAAGCUAAAAGUGGGCCAGGGCUGUGCGACACCCCUUGCCCUGUUCUGUGACCAGGGAGACGUGAGGUUUGUGCUGGAUGCUGGAUUUCUGGAAGGUGGCCAUGAAAAGGUGUAUUUUCAUCCAAUGACAAAUUCUGCAACCAUGGGCUUAAGCCCCGAUGACUUUUUGAAGUUUGUGAGAUCAACAGGCCAUGAUCCCAUCAUCGUACAUUUCGAUGAAGACGUUAACUAG